GCGUCAGUGUUGGCUCGGCCCGGGAGCUGUGCGCACAGCGGUGUCAGUUAUGGAGCUGUAGGAGCGCUGCCGAGCUCUCGCCCUUCCCAAGACUGAUCACAUUCACUCUGGCGUAGACUCAGAGAGCGAUCGCACGGGGCCAGCACCACCCCGACCGAUUUACGCUGGAUUUAACUGCGCGCCACGGAACUUUGUAGCGGCUUUCUGAACGCGGAGUUAAGAGUGUAAUGAAACGACAAAACAUAUUUACACUUUAAACACCGGAGAGGAUCGCGGAAGCGAUCUGUAAGGUGCUUCAGAAGCUCUUGAAGGAACCGUAGCGCGCAACGUUUCCACGCGCGUUUGGACAGAUCUGCAUCUGUCUUUACGCGUGCUCGCUGCUGUUUCUGAUUCGCUUCUGCUGUUUCGUAGUCCCGUUAGGACGGAAAUCAAAAGCUGGUAUAAGGCAUGGUAAAACUCACGGGCUGACAGACACUAGUUCAAUCCUCAUGGUGCGCGUGGAUCUCAUUCCUCAUCCAGAAAGCCACCAUGAGCCCAGCGAUUACUCAACUGAAAUUUCAGCUGGAUCUGAGCGGCUGCUGAGAGUUCCUACAUACUUCAAAUACUAAAAGAGGAGAAACUCGUCCAGUGUUUGAGAACUGAGGUGUGGAGUGGAUGUGGACUAUGACAGAAUGAGUCCUCUAACACACCUUUUACUCUGUGGAUUAGUAUACUUUAACCAAGUGGAUGGAUCCCGUCUACGGCAGGAAGAUUCUCCACCUCGGAUCGUAGAACACCCCUCCGAUCUAAUUGUAUCCAAGGGCGAGCCAGCCACCCUAAACUGCAAGGCAGAGGGGCGGCCCACCCCUACUGUGGAGUGGUACAAAGAUGGAGAACGAGUUGAAACCGAUAAAGAUGACCCUCGAUCCCACCGCAUGCUCCUUCCCAGCGGCUCGCUCUUCUUCCUGCGUAUCGUACAUGGCCGUCGAAGCAAACCUGAUGAGGGGGCGUACGUUUGUGUGGCACGCAACUACUUGGGGGAAGCAGUCAGUCGAAACGCCUCACUGGAAGUAGCAUUGUUACGUGAUGAUUUCAGACAGAACCCUACAGAUGUGGUGGUGGCUGCUGGAGAGCCGGCCAUCUUGGAGUGCGUUCCCCCUCGUGGACACCCGGAGCCUACCAUCUACUGGAAGAAAGACAAAGUACGAAUCGAUGAGAAGGAUGACAGGAUCAAGGGAUCAGCCUGUCUCCUGCGCCACAUGGCGUGCUCUCUGAGCCCUGCUUCCUGUGGAAGGGCAGAUCUGGAGUAUGAUAUUAAAUAUGAUAAAGACGACUAUGUGCUGAGGAUAAAGAAGGCAGCAGCGAGCGAUGAAGGAACCUUCACCUGUGUAGCUGAGAACAGAGUUGGAAAAACGGAGGCGUCCACCACCCUCACGGUCAGAGCUCGCCCUGUUGCCGCACCGCAGUUUGUGAUCAGGCCGCGGGAUCAGAUUGUGGCGCAGGGACGGACUGCCAGUUUCCCCUGUGAGACCAAAGGGAACCCACAGCCGGCAGUCUUCUGGCAGAAAGAAGGAAGUCAGAACCUCCUGUUUCCAAAUCAACCGCAGCAGCCCAACAGUCGUUUCUCGGUGUCGCCCAGUGGAGAUCUGACCAUUACAGUGGUCCAGCGGGCAGACGCGGGAUAUUAUAUCUGCCAGGCCCUGACGGUGGCGGGCAGCAUCCUGGCCAAAGCACAGCUUGAGGUCACAGACGUGUUGACUGAUCGUCCUCCCCCCAUCAUCCGGCAGGGUCCAGCUAACCAGACUCUGGGUGUAGACAGUGUGGCUCUUCUGAGGUGCCAUGCUUCUGGAGAACCGGUCCCAACCAUCAGCUGGCUGAAGGAUGGGGUCAGUCUGCUGGGCAAAGAUGCUCGUAUGUCCCUACAGGACCUCGGCAGCCUGCAGAUCAAGGGUUUGCGGCUCUCUGAUUCUGGUAUCUAUACUUGUGUGGCAGCAAGUUCUAGUGGGGAAACAUCUUGGAGUGCUUUCUUGGAAGUCAAAGAGUCUGGAAGUCUUGUUAUAGUUAAAGCCCGAGAUGAGAAUGAGCUCUCAGGUCCUCCUUCCAAACCUCAGGUCACCGAUGUCACUAAAAACAGUGUGUCGUUGUCAUGGCAGCCUGGCCUUCCUGGAGUAUCACCCAUCUCAUCAUAUGUUAUUGAGGCUUUCAGCCAAUCGGUGAGCAACAGCUGGCAGACUGUGGCCGAUCAUGUCAAGACUACGCAGUACACCAUCAAGGGUCUUCGCCCCAACACCAUCUACUUGUUCAUGGUGCGAGCAGUCAACGUCCAAGGCCUGAGUGACCCGAGCCCCAUGUCCGAACCUGUCCGCACUCAAGAUAUAAGUCCUCCAGCUCAGGGAGUGGAUCACAGACACGUGCAGAAGGAGUUGGGUGAGGUUAUUGUGCGGCUACACAACCCUGUGGUCCUCAGCCCCACCACCAUACAGGUCACAUGGACGGUUGACCGCCAGUCUCAGUUCAUCCAGGGCUACAGGGUUUUGUACAGGCAGAUGUCAGGGCUGUCCUCCCCUGGAGCGUGGCAGAGUCAGGAUGUGAAGGUCCCCUCUGAGAGGAGCAUGGUGCUCUCGGCUCUGAAGAAAGGCAUCGUCUACGAGAUCAAAGUCCGUCCGUACUUCAACGAGUUCCAGGGCAUGGACAGCGAGUCCCGAACGGCAAGAACAACAGAGGAAGCACCCAGUGCUCCUCCUCAGCAGGUGACGGUCCUCACGGUGGGCAAUCAGAACAGCACAUCCAUCAGUAUCUCCUGGGACCCUCCUCCUGCAGAACAUCAGAACGGCAUCAUCCAGGAAUAUAAGAUCUGGUGUUUAGGGAACGAGACCCGUUUCCAUGUAAAUAAGACAGUGGACGCAGCCAUCCGUUCAGUGGUGGUGGGGGGUCUCCAGGCGGGGGUCCAGUACCGGGUGGAGGUGGCCGCCAGCACCAGCGCAGGGGUGGGGGUGAAGAGCGAACCACAAACCAUCAUUAUUGGUAAAGACUUCCGGGAUGUGAUCAUGAGCAGGAACAACAGCAUCACAGAGCAGAUCACGGAUGUGGUGAAGCAGCCGGCCUUCAUCGCGGGCAUCGGAGGGGCCUGCUGGGUCAUUCUGAUGGGCUUCAGCAUCUGGCUCUACUGGAGGAGAAAGAAGAGAAAGGGUCUCAGCAAUUACGCAGUUCAGUCGUUCACCUUCACCCCUGCAGGUACUGUUCAUUUUCAACGUGUCUGAGGAGGAGCUAUCAAUUUGAAUGACUCUCGUCCUGGUCUGCUGAAUGCCAGUGAUUCGGGAUACCCCUGGCUCGCUGACUCCUGGCCGGCCACCAGUCUGCCUGUGAACAGCGGUUCUGGAGGACCCAACGACCUCAACAACUUCGGCCGUGGAGACAUGAUGCCCAGUGCCCAGGCCGAUAAGACGGGCACCAUGCUUUCAGACGGAGCCAUUUACAGCAGCAUUGACUUCACCACCAAAGGUGGAUUCGGCAGUCCAAGCCCCGCCUCCCAGGCCACGCCCUACGCCACCACCCAGAUCCUCCAUUCCAACAGCAUUCAUGAGCUGGCCGUCGAUCUGCCCGAGGCCCAGUGGAAGACCUCCCUACAGGCCAAGCAGGAAAUGGCCAACCUGGGCUACUCAUUGCCAGACAAGAACUCCUGCAACAACACACUCCUUUUCAUUCCUGACUACCGAUUGGCUGACGGAUUGUCUAAUAGAAUGCCACACAACCAAUCACAGGAUUUCAGCACCACCAGCUCCCACAACAGCUCAGAUCGGAGCAACAGUCUGUCAGGUGGGAAAGGUGGAAAGAAGAAGAAGACCAAAGCAAACGCCAAGCCCACCAAGAUGAAUGGCUCCAACUGGGCUAAUGUUCCACUCCCUCCCCCUCCUGUCCACCCUCUUCCAGGCACAGAGAUGGACUACUAUGCCUCAGAGCACCAUGACGGAGGAGGAUAUGAUAGUGAUGGUUGGGGCCCACCCUUGCCAGUGCAGACAUACCUCCAUCAGGGUUUAGAGGAUGAGUUGGAGGAAGAGGAAGAACGGGUGCCCACUCCUCCUAUAAGGGGCGUGGCCUCCUCCCCUGCAGCAGUUUCCUUUGGCAAACAGUCCACAGCCACACUGAGCCCAUCCCCACGUGAAGAAAUACAGCCCAUGCUCCAAACCCACCUAGAUGAGCUAACCCGCGCUUACCAGUUGGACAUGGCUAAACAGACUUGGCACAUGCAGGGUGGGCCUUACGUGCCCCUGGCCCCCACGCCGCCUGUGGGUUACAUCUCCAGCACCCUAGUGUCCGAUAUUGAGACAGACCUUCCUGACGAAGACGACGAUGAGGAGGAGGACGAAGGAUAUGAGAUGUCGCCACCAAUUAGGGGCAUCGAAAACACGCCAGGCUCCAGCAUGGACAACCUAGACAGCUCUGUUACGGAUAAAGGUCUACCUCAUAGACCUCGUCCCGCUAGCCCAUUCUCCACAGAUGGAAGCACGGUGGGCACACACAGCCUGGGUCACCAGCGGGCAGCAAGGCCCACCCGCAAACACAAAGGCCCUGGCACUGCCCCGCACCGCCGUGAUGCCAGCGCUGAUGAUCUGCCUCCACCACCAGAGCCUCCACCCUGCCAGACAGCUCGUGUCCAGGGGGCGAGGAACGUGCCCAACCCCUCUGACCACAAGGCUUGCUCCUUGGAGAGGCAACCCAUGAUGGGCCUAGAGGAGAUGAAGAGUUCCUUGGACCGGCAGGCCCGAACCUCACUGGAGCGCCACCAACAUGCCCAGGAUAGACUGGGAUCCAUAGAUAGAGGAGAAGAGAGCAGAAGAGGACAGAAAAAUUGUCCUGUUUCAGAAGAGGCCAUAUUGCCAUACAACAAACCAUCAUUCCCAUCUCCUGGGGGCCACAGCUCAUCUGGGACGGCCUCUUCUAAAGGGUCAACGGGUUCUCGUAAAGGUGAAGGGACGAGGGGACAGUACCAGGGCGAAAGCAGCUACAUGGGGACCAACACGCAGUACUCUGGAGAGUUAUAGUGAGCCUUUUUGAUGGAAACUGAAGAAUGCCUUUAUCUGUUCUGGAAAUGCCUCACCUGCUUGGUGCAAUGAACUCGUAAAGCUUUGGAAGGAAGAAGGAAAAAAAAAAGAAAAAAAUAUGAAAAGGACAAACUGUAAAUGUGAUGUAAAGAUGGACAUGCAACCCACAAGAUCCGCAACAUCCCUCACCUUCCUCCUUAAACUAUUCAUUCACAGAAAAAAAGAAAAAUGUUGAGGACAAAA